UCCAGGUUGCAAGAGGAGAUGCUGCAGCGGGAGGAGGCCGAGAACACCCUGCAGUCCUUCAGACAGGAUGUUGACAAUGCUUCUCUGGCACGUCUUGAUCUUGAGCGCAAAGUUGAGUCCCUGCAAGAGGAGAUUGUCUUCUUGAAGAAGCUUCAUGAUGAGGAAAUCCGAGAACUGCAGGCCCAACUCCAGGAACAGCACAUCCAGAUUGAUAUGGAUGUAUCUAAGCCUGAUCUUACUGCUGCCCUGCGUGACGUUCGCCAACAGUAUGAAAGCGUUGCUGCUAAGAAUCUUCAGGAAGCUGAAGAGUGGUACAAGUCCAAAUUUGCAGAUCUCUCCGAAGCUGCUAAUAGGAACAACGAUGCCCUGCGCCAGGCCAAACAAGAAGCUAACGAAUACCGCAGACAGAUUCAGUCUCUCACCUGCGAAGUUGAUGCCCUUAAGGGAAGCAAUGAAUCCCUGGAGCGCCAAAUGCGUGAAAUGGAGGAGAAUUUUGCUGUUGAAGCUGCUAACUACCAAGACACUAUUGGCCGUCUGCAGGAUGAGAUUCAGAACAUGAAGGAAGAAAUGGCUCGCCAUCUCCGUGAGUACCAGGACCUGCUGAAUGUAAAGAUGGCUCUUGAUAUUGAGAUUGCCACCUACAGAAAACUGCUGGAGGGUGAAGAAAGCAGGAUUAAUAUGCCUAUUCCAACCUUUGCUUCUCUGAACCUGAGAGAAACCAACAUUGAGUCUCAGCCAAUGGUUGACACUCACUCAAAGAGGACACUUCUAAUUAAGACCGUCGAAACUAGAGAUGGACAGGUUAUUAAUGAAACGUCCCAGCAUCAUGAUGACUUGGAGUAAAGCUGAAGUGAAGUUGCGUACUUAUUAAUGCAGGAGAAAUUCUUACCAGCAAGGUUUAAAAAGUCCAUGACUUAAAGGAAGAAACAGCUUUCAAGUGCCUUUCUGCAGUUUUUCCAUGAGCGCAAGAUUAUUAUGCUAGGAAAUAGGUCUUAGAUCUUGCAAACUGACUCUCCCUGAAGGAUUAGUUUACAAUGGAGUCUAGUUUACACAUAGCAAUAUCUUGUGCUGCAAUACUGUUUUUAAGUAUCUGAAUUCAAUAAAACUGCUUUUUCCAGCACAGUAUGAGCAACCUGUCGCUACUUCAAUAAAUCUUUGGAAAAUGGCUCCUGAUGUGUUCUAAUUUGUUAACUGCAUGACUUUCUGGAAAGCCAUAACAACAUAAUGCUGGAAUUACUAUACGGUUGACAUCUCCAGUACUGUUGUGUGGAACGCUGUUUUUUCAGUAUAACUAGAUAAACUUACUCAUUUACUGCUUAGGUUUUGGAACCAACUAAAAUGGACUAUAACUGGCAGAUGCAUAAUGUAUUAUGAUAUUUCUUAUCACUUGAAUAAAAUAUGAUACUUCAAGCUAA